GAUGGAGACGCACAAACAAAAGGGCGUGCGUCGUGGCGACGACGACGCGAAGCCUUCGAAAACGAGGAAGAAACGACGUCACUCUCAGAGACAGAAGAGUAGGAAAGUAAGCGACGACAGCACACAAGAGGCCCCAAACGGUGCCAUGAAGGUGCGCUAUGAGUUUUCUGAACUACCAAUAGGAUUUCGACGUUAUUUCCCGCCGGAGGUGAGGAGAGCGAGAGCAGAAAUCUUGAGCGGUCACGUGACCGAGGGACGCACGAGUAGCAGCAGCCACAGUAGUAUCGAAAACGAUCAACCGAAAGUUAAACAGGUUACUCUCACUGCGGCGCCGUGUCCGUGUCCCGAAAGAGCGACGAACUUGCGCUGUGUUGGUGCAUGUAAUGACAUCUGCUCUCAUCAGAGAGACACAGAGACAUCUGAUUGGCCGAGACGAGUUGUCCGUGGUAACGUGCGAGCGCCAAAAGACGCAAGCAGUACAGUGAGAUGGAAGUUGAGUGGUGAUGAUAAAGUGGUAGAACACUACAAGGCAGAGAGAAGGAAACGAUAUGAAGAUGACUUCCAGAUGAGGAAACUUAGUCUAACCAUGAAAAAAGCAGAAGAACAAACUUUAGCUGCUAAGGGUAGUAAACAGUAGACAACCACUGCCUCUAGUAUAUAGUGUAAUAUUUUCAUAAUAUAUUCUGUAUUAUGUAAAUAUUUAAUUAAUUUAAAGAUAAAGUUUGCCUUG